UUGAAAAACUCUUCACUCUUUCUCCUAUAUGCUCUAUCAUUUCAUUGUAUUUCAUCUAUUUUUUCAAGCGAUACAUCAUGGACACGAUUACAAGCAUGGUAGCUGAUAAGCCUGUGGUGAUAUUCAGCAAGAGCACAUGUUGCUUGAGCCACUCCAUGACAUCAUUGAUACGUAGCUUUGGCGCAAAUCCCACUGUUCAUGAGCUUGAUGAAAUGGCGAAUGGGAAACAGAUUGAAAGUGCAUUGCUCCAAAUGGGAUGCCAACCAAGUGUUCCUGCUGUGUUUAUAGGACAAAGGUUCAUAGGUGGAUCCAAAAAAAUCAUGAGCUUGCAUGUCCGCAAUGAAUUAGUACCACUGCUCAAGAAUGCUGGGGCUAUAUGGAUUUGAGACCCAAGUGGUUUCUACAACCAUGAAUACUAAAUGUUAAUUAGAAUUUAGAGAUGAAUAAGAUGGUUUUGUAGUCAUGAUGUCUAGUUUAGAUUAUUUUGUAGUCCUGCUACGUAGUUAUACGGUGGUGUACUAUACUAGUAUA